AUGCGCCUCAGGCUUAUUGUAGGCGGACAAGUCGCCAUACUGUCACUCCUUGUCGUGCUGGCGCUCUGGUAUCGCGACUCACUAGAAGAAAAGUUCAAGCCAAUACAAAAAUUCUUCCCUGUCACAGGCGAAGUCGCGCAAACCCCAGCCAACGCGUCACAUCCUGCAGCACCUUCACAGCAGGCCUCUGUGGACACACCAGACAAGGAGCUGACAUCCAUCGACGACGAAGGUCUGGAAGGCGGACGUGUGGGAGAGGUUGAAGUCUCAGCGACCAAGACGUUGGAGAAUGUGGAUGAUUACGUACGGGCCAUUUUUGAUCCAGCCGAUGCGACCUUUCAGCGGCUCGAGUGCCCUGUGCCGCCGCCUCCAGUCUUGGCACGCUAUGAAACAUUGAGACCUCCAGCCGACUCACCUCACAAGUUCAUCAGCUAUUUCUUCGCGCUGGACUUGACUCAGGUCGUCGAUCUCUUGCCUCGUCUCAUCGGAAGCAUCGUGGAGACCAUCCGCUUCCUGGGCCCCGAGAACUGCGCGCUCUCGAUCGUCGAGGGCAACAGCGACGAUGGCACCGCCGAAGUCCUCGACUCAAUCCGCCCAGAGCUUGAUGCACUGGGCAUUGCCCGCUACUUCUUCGAGACCAGCAGUAUCAAUCCCAAGGAGGGCGACAACCAACGCAUAACCAGAUUGGCCGAGCUGAGGAACCUUGCGUUGCAGCCCAUGCUGGACAAUAUCCGCUCCUAUUCGGAAGACACAACCAUCGUCUUCCUAAACGAUGUGGCCAUAUGCAUGGAAGACAUACUCGAGCUAACCUAUCAACGACGCCAUCUUGGUGCUGACAUGACUUGUGCGAUGGACUGGACCUACGUCGGACGAAAUCCCACCUUCUACGACGUCUGGAUCUCGAGGACGAUGAGCGGUGAAUCCUUCUUCAGAAUCCCAGAGGAUAGGAGCUGGGACGAGGCUUGGAAUCUGUUUUGGAACGAUCAUGAAACCAAAAGUCGAUACAGCUCCCACCUGCCUUUCCAGGUCUUCAGCUGCUGGAACGGUGCAGUUACCUUCUCGGCAGACCCAAUUCUGAAUGGGGAUGUGGUUUUCAGGAGUAACAACCCGGGAGAAUGCUUCCAAGGGGAGCCAGAGCUAUUCUGCAAAGACCUGUGGUACAAAGGCUGGGGCAAGAUUGCCGUCGUUCCCACUGUGAACCUCGAGUACUCGGAUGAGCAGGGCAAGGCGCUCAAAGCCCUCAAAGGAUACACCUCGAAAUGGGCCGGACCGGAACAAGACGAGAGAUCCAAGAUUGAGUGGCAACGGGAUCCGCCGCAACAGGUGAAAUGCAUGGAGAUCAUGGAGCAGCCAGUGUGGAAGCCAUGGGACGAGACACUGAUCACGUCGUGGUCGAUGAAAGCCAGGAGAUCGAACCGCAAGCAUCAAAGACGCUAA